AUGAUUAUUCUUUCAUUCCUUCUUCCCCUUUUCAAUGCUCUUCAUUCUUGUUUUCCUGUUAUCGGCAUAUAUAUAUUCUUUUGUCUAUGUGUCUUUUUAUUAUCCAUGAUUCUUAGAAUAUUCUUUCAAUUGUGUUUUUCCUGUGUCAGCAUAUCUAGUAUUCUUUUGUCUCUUAUUCUUUGUCUCUGUGUCUUUUAUUAUCAGCAGUUAGAAUAUUCUUUCCUUUUGUUUUCUAUUAUCGAAUAUUCUUUCAUUAUUCUUUUGUCUCUGUUUCAUUUUCUUCAUUCUACAGCUCAUAGAAUAUUCUUUCGUUUUCGUGUUUUUCCCUAUUAUCAUUUCUACAUCAUCCAAUAUUCUUUCUCUUUGUUUUUUCUUAUCGGCUUGAAUAUUCUUUCAUUUUUUUUCUCUUUCGGCAUAUCUUAUUUCUUUUGUAGCUCAUCUUUUGUUAUCUAUAUUUUAUUCUUUCGUUUGUGUUUUCCUACAUAUCACAUCAUCCCAUUCUUUUGUCUCUGUGUCUUUUAUUAUCAGCAGUUAGAAUAUCCCAUUCAUACCUCCACUUUCAACUCUUUUGUCUCUUAUUCUUUCAUUCAUUUUUUUCAAUUUUCAUCUAUUAGCCUCAUCUUCUGCAUUCGUUUCAAUGCUUUUCUAUUAACUUCUUGCCAUAUAUACCAUCUUCUUUGUCUCUCUCAUCUUUGCAUUAUUCUUUUGUCAAUGUGUCUUUUUUAUCAUCCCCUCAUUCUAUUCUUUCGUUUGUGUUUCCUAUUAUUCUUUCAUAUAUUCUUCCUUUUCAAUCUGUGUUCUUUAGGCCUAUCGUAUUCUCUUUUGUCUCUGUGUCAUUUUUUAUUAUCAGCAGUUAGAAUAUUCUUUCGUUGUGUUUUCUGUAUCGGCAUAUAUCCGUAUUCUUUUGUCUCUGUGUUAUCUUUAUUCAUUUCUCUUCGUCUCCUAUUCAACAUUGCAUAUUCUUUCGUUUGUGUUUUUCCUAUUAUCUACGUGAGCAUUCUUUCCUUACAUUCUUUGUCUCUGUGUCUUUUUCUACCUCACCUUGCAUUCCUUUCGUUUUCAUUUCCCUAUUAUCAUUGCACAUCAUCCAUUCUUUUGUCUCUGUGUUUCAAUAUCAGCAUUUCUGGUAUUCUUUCGUUGUGUUUUCCCCUUUCAGUUCUUAUUCUCUUUUUUCUCUUUUGCUUUUAUUAUCAGCAGUUAGAAUAUUCCUAUUCCUUUGCCCAUCAUCUCCCAUUUCCUACUAUUUAUCCAUUCAUAUAUAGUUCUUUCUUUUUCUUCCUCUUUCAGCUCUUUAUUCUACAUAGCUCAUCUUUUGCAUUCUUUCGUUUGUGUUUUCCUUAUUCUUUUUGUUUCUUUUCUUUUUAUCUAUUCAACAUUGCAAUCAUCCUUUCAUUUGUAUUUUCAAUCCUCUUGUUCUUCGACAUAUAUUCUUCAUUCUUUUUGUCUCUGUGUCUUUUCAUUAUCCAUCUUUUGAAUUCAUUUUUCUCUUUGUGUUUUCCUAUUCACUUUGCCCAUCAUCAUCUGUCCUUUUUUGUCUUUCUGUCCCCCUUUCAAUACUCUUCAAUAUUCUUUCAUCUUUUUAGAAUAUUCUUUCAUUCUUCUUUUUCCUAUUAUUUACAUUUCUACAUGGUAUUCUUUUUGUCUCUUCCUCUUUUCAAAUGCUCCUAUCAUCAGUUAGAAUAUUCUUUCGUUUGUACCACUUCCUAUCCUCUACAUUCUAUAGUUAUUCUUUUGUCUUCUUCCCCUUUUAUUCUUCAUUUCUACAUACAAUAUUUAGAAUAUUCUUUCGUUUGUGUUUUUCUAUUAUCGGCAUAUUCAUUCUUUUGUCUCUCUCAUCUUUUUAUUCAGCAGUUUUGUUCUUUCUUUUGUUUUCCUUUUAUGUCUCAUAUCUUUUAUUCUUUUGUCUUUGUGUCUUUUAUUAUCAUUAGAAUAUUCUUUCAUUUUUAUGUUUUUUUCCUAUUAUCGGCAUAUCUAGUAUUCUUUUUUCUCUGUGUCUUUUAUUAUCAGCACAUAUAUAGUUGCAUUCUUUUGUCUCUUGUCAUUUCCUAUCAGCAGUUAGCAUAUUCUUUCGUUUGUGUUUUCCUCUUAUCUACAUAUAUAGUAUUUCUUUUGUCUCUGUGUCUUUUAUCCUUCAUUCUGCAUAUUCUUUCUUUGCAUUUUUCCUUUAUUCCUAUUAUCAACUUUGUUUGUCUCAUUCUUCCUUUAUUUUUAUCAGCAUAUUCUUUCAUGAUUUUCCUUUCUUUUAAGUUUCUUUGUCUUUGUAUGCUUUUCAUCAACUACAUAGAAUAUUCUUUCCAUUCAUCUAUUCUUCUUUUGUCUCUGUGUCUUUUUAUUAUCAGCAGUUUGAAUAUUCUUUUCGUUUGUGUUUUUCCUGUUAUCAGCAUAUAUAGUAUUCUUUUUGUCUCUGUGUCAUUUUAUUAUCAGCAGUUAGAAUAUUCUUUCGUUUUCCUCUUUUUCCUAUUAUCUACAUAUCAUCUUAUUCUUCUUUUUGAAAGUGUCUUUUCAAAUUAG